CCGAGACCGUUGUUUUCCGCGCCAAUCGCGGAACUGUGCGCCACGUGAUAGGCAGCAGCACUGGGACUGGGGAUGUGGACCGGCACGGUGCGAGUGAUAAAACCGACCUCGUGGACGGACGCGUAAAUUUGCGCUUAGUGUUUGCAUAUGUGGGCCCCUCUUCGGAGCGCGUGGGACGGCAUAUACUUUUUUCAUGUUUGUUAAUGGAAUCUGCCAAGUGACCAGCGUGCUGGGUGAUUAAUGCAAAAGCAAGCAGUUCAUCCGGUCAACAGACGGACGCCGUGCGCUCAAUUGCUGAUUCGAAGUAACCGGAAAUUAGUGUGCGGAAAGGGAAGCAAAAAUUAAAGAUGUGUACCGGCCGAUAAGAACAGUGAGGACCUCCGUUCGGACCUUGGGCAAGCGGUGUGUACAAAUAGAAAGCUGUCACCCGAAAUCGGGUCAUGUCCUUGCGUGUGCCACGUGAAGGACCCACAACGACGAGGACGACGAGCGUAGUGGAAGUGUGUCCCCACCGGUGCGAUUGACAACAAUCAAACCGCGCAAAGGGAGGAAUCGGUUGCCAGUCAUCGACGAAAAGCACGGCGACGACGACGACGACCAUGAUAAUAUUCCUCUACCUAAUACUGGUGCUGGCCUGGGCGCUGCUGAUCAUCAUUCUGAAGUGCAAGAAGGCGCGCGCCAAGCGGUUGGCCGAGCAGGACGAGCAGGCCCACGGUCCGGUCCACGUGGUGCAGAUCGGGUCCAACCUGUACGACAUCAUGUCCCUGCACCGUGGCGUCGGCGACAACUACAGCGGGGUGUACAGCUGCCUCGAGCACGGUACCAUCGGUCACCACCGGCAGCGGGCGUCCACCAGCGUCACCCACUCCAAUUCGGCCUUCAUCGGGGACGAUGGUUCCAUCUAUCCCGCCGGCACCGGCAUCGUGACCAUGGAACCACCGCCAUCGUACGACGAAGUGAUACGACUUCCGGCCUACUAUCCCAAGGUGGAGACGUUCGUGCCGGAAAUGGUUGUGCCACCGUCGUCACUCACCGGCCCCAGCCCAACCCGGUCGGCCCCGUUCGGGUCGCAUCGGCUCGCUCUCGUACAGCACGAUCCCGCGGACCUAGCCUCGGUCGUCACCAUACCGGCCACGGCACCCGCCACCCUGCCCGUUACCGAUGCACCAACGCCGGUGGCGCUCGACACGAACGGAAACCGCAUUAAAAGCCUUCCGCCGGUCACCUAUGCAGCCACGCCCGAGCAUACCCGGGCCACAAACUCGUAGCUCUCGGCCUCGUGUCGGUGGUCAUUUUAAUCAACACCAAGUGAUUUAAUAACUGAAAAAGUGCCUCCACCACACACGGUGAUCCGCGCGGUGCAGGACACAAAACCGAUGAAGACACCAAAGCAUGGGACAAAAUGUGUCACAUUUGGGAUCCGGGUCCGCAAAGUGUGGUCCUACCGGUCGAUGGGUGUCCCCGUAAAUUCGUUUUACAGAUUAAGUUGGGUUCUUCAAGCGCACAACAAUUGGCCUCACGAUUGGCGAACACGUUGGGAGUAUUUAUUCGUAGGUAAUUAUUAUUUCCCUUGUUAGUGUAAGGAAACUCGUAUCCGAAAGCCGUUGCUGUCAUUGGAAAACGCUGUAAAAUAAAGACAUACGAGGAAAUGCACCUAAAGUUCGUACCUAACAUAGCUGGACGGGGGCCGGGACCA